AUGCCUGUGUUCAGUGGCAUGUUGAAGGUGCGAGUGUGUGAAGCAGUGGACCUGAAACCCACCCCAUGGGCCCUGCGUCACGCAGUGGGAAAGAGCGGAUCCUUCCUGCUGGACCCCUACCUGGCCUUGAACCUAGACCAGACCCGACUGGGCCAGACCGCUACCAGGACCAAGACCAACAGCCCUGCGUGGCACCAGGAGUUCUGCACUGAGGUCCGCGAGGGCAGAAGUCUCGAGCUGUCAGUUUUCCAUGAUGCGCCCAUUGGAUAUGAUGACUUUGUGGCCAACUGCACCAUCCAGCUAGAAGACCUGCUGCAGAAUGGAACCAGACACUAUGAAGACUGGAUUGAUCUGGAACCCGAGGGCAAGGUGUAUGUAGUCAUCGAUCUGUCUGGAUCCUCCACGGAGGCCUCGGGAACCAAUGACAAUGAAGAGCGAGCGUUUCGAGAGAGGAUCGGCCCUCGCCGACGACAGGGUGCUGUCCGAAGACGUGUCCACCAGGUCAACGGACACAAGUUCAUGGCCACCUACCUGCGCCAACCGACCUACUGCUCACACUGCAGAGAUUUCAUAUGGGGCGUGCUGGGGAAGCAGGGAUACCAGUGUCAGGUGUGUACGUGUGUCGUCCAUAAACGCUGUCAUGAGCUCAUCAUCACCAAGUGUGCUGGAAUGAAAAAACAGGAGGACACACCGGAGGAGGUGGGCUCCCAGCGCUUCAGUGUUAACAUUCCCCAUAAGUUCAGCAUCCACAACUACAAGGUGCUCACCUUCUGUGACCACUGUGGUUCCCUGCUGUGGGGUCUGCUGAGGCAGGGUCUGCAGUGCAAAGUGUGCAAGAUGAACGUGCACAGACGUUGUGAGACAAAUGUAGCUCCCAACUGUGGCGUGGACGCUCGAGGAAUUGCUAAGGUCCUGUCUGACCUGGGGGUCACACCUGACAAGAUCUCAAACACUGCACAACGCAGGAGGAAGUUGACUCCAGGGCAGGACCCUCCUCAGUCUCCUCCUGAGCUCUCUCAGAGUGAGGAGAACAGCUUCAGUCAGCCGGCGGUCCCCACCUCCCCCUCGCAGCAGGACUUGGCAGAGUUGGAUCGCCUGCAGGACGUGCUGUCGCUCGACCAGCAGGGGGCCCAAAACUCCUCCUCCUCCUCAUCUUCCUCCUCCUCUUCAUCUUCAGCCUCCUCCACCACCUCCUCUUCCUCCACGUCCUCCUCGUCUGCAAGCAGGGAGAAUGGGCAGAAUCAGAGGAGGACGCUGAAGGACUUCAACUUCAUCAAGGUUCUCGGCAAAGGCAGCUUCGGCAAGGUGAUGCUGGCAGAGCUGAAAGGCACAGAGGAAGUUUACGCUGUCAAAGUUUUGAAGAAAGACGUCAUCCUGCAGGAUGAUGACGUCGACUGUACCAUGACUGAGAAGCGGAUCCUGGCCCUCGCCCGCCGACACCCCUACCUCACCCAGCUCUACUGCUGCUUCCAGACCCGGGAUCGCUUGUUCUUUGUGAUGGAGUAUGUGAAUGGAGGAGACUUGAUGUUCCAGAUUCAGAGGUCCAGGAAGUUCGAUGAGCCUCGCUCCCGUUUCUAUGCUGCUGAAGUCACCUCGGCCCUUAUGUUCCUGCACCGUAAUGGCGUCAUCUACAGGGAUCUGAAGCUUGAUAAUAUCCUGUUGGACGCUGAGGGACACUGCAAGCUGGCAGAUUUUGGCAUGUGCAAAGAGGGCAUAAUUAACGGGGUGACCACUACCACCUUCUGUGGAACACCUGACUAUAUCGCACCAGAGAUACUGCAGGAGCUGGAGUACGGUGCCUCAGUGGACUGGUGGGCUCUCGGGGUGCUGAUGUAUGAGAUGAUGGCAGGACAGCCUCCGUUUGAGGCAGAUAAUGAAGAUGACUUGUUCGAGUCCAUCCUCCACGACGACGUUCUGUACCCCGUGUGGCUCAGCAAAGAGGCUGUUUCAAUCCUGCGUGCGUUCAUGACUAAGAAUCCGGCCAAGCGUCUGGGCUGUGUGGUGAGCCAGGGCUGUGAGGAGGCCAUCAAGACCCAUCCGUUCUUCAGAGAGAUCGACUGGGUUCUGCUGGAGCAGAGAAAAGUCAAACCGCCCUUUAAACCCCGUAUUAAAACAAAGCGAGAUGUGAAUAACUUCGACCAGGACUUCACUAAGGAGGACCCGGUGCUGACGCCGACAGAGGAGGCCAUCAUCCGACAGAUUAACCAGGAGGAGUUCAAGGACUUCUCCUACUGUGCUCCUGAGGAGACACAGACCUAACACACAUACACACACGAAAGCAACAGCACACACACCUGCACACACGCUGACAGUCAUACACUCGUAGAGCCAUGAAUCCCUUUAGAAAACGGACACACAAACACAGACACACUCCUUUACUUUGAAGCUAUUUGUCGUUGUUACUUUUGGACUAUUAUUUACUGCAUUGUGUUGUUGUUGUUGUUGCGUGGGUUUGUUAUGAAUAUGACUAUGACUAUGAAUAUGAACACAUGCGUCUGCACAUUCCCAUGUGCACACUUUUAGCACAGAAUCUAACACACACACACACACACACACACACACAUACUCUGUACAAUCCUCAGAUUUUACCUGUUCUCUGAAGCCUUCGGGCUAAUUCUCAGACAACCACACACACACAGAGAUACACACACACACACACACUGCUCCCCUGUGCAGCGCCUAUACACACGUGGACUGUGGUGCUGCUGCAGAGGUGUACUUGUAUAUAGCCUGUGUUGAGUGGCUGUAUUGUGAUGUAUUGUCUAUUAGUUAAGGAGAGUGCUGGCGCAUGGACAAGCACCUGUGUUAUUACUGUCCUUAAUGUGGACCAGUUAGGGCCAAACACCCUUUGUGCAAUACCCCGACUAUCUAUAUAUUUUAAUGUUUUUUCGUUUGUUCACGUGUUGAAUUUUUGUCCCUUUUGUUUGUUUUUUUUUUCUUAAAAAAAAGUAUUUUUAUUUGUGUUGGUUUGUGUGUGCGGAAUGACUGUUGUGCGACUGUUGUGCGAUCUUGCUGUCCUCACGUCCUCCUCUCUUCUGUGUACAAAGUGAAUGUCGAGCUUAUAAGAUACAGGCUAUUGAACUAAUUAUGUGGAGCAGAGUGUUACAGGUGUAGCAGUGCGAGAGCCUGCUUUUUCUUCAACCAGUGCAUCCAUCUGCUCGCCCCUCCUGCUGGCCAGAAUGUGCCAGCUGUGGGCCUUUUUUUUUUUUUUCUUCUUCUUCUUCAGCCUGUGAAUGUACAUUUUUCUCUGUGUGAAUGCAUGACUUUACUUCUCCUGAUGGAGUGUGAAUUAUUGUCUUCAGCAUUUCUGUUUCUAUAGUUACCGUCAGUAUUUCCACCCCUCCUCCUCCUCCCUCGCCUCAAAAGCACCGAUUCCCCUUUCUCCACCUGCAGCAGCUGUAUCACUGACUUUAGCUUUUUUCAAGAAUGGCUUUACUUUCUUAUUGCUCUCUCUAUCUCUCCUUUUUAUUAUUAUUAUUAUUAUUAUUAUUAUUAUUAUUAUUAUUAUUAUUAUUGUAAAGUGUAUCUGGAGGAAACCUUUGUGUAUUAUACUAUAACUAUACUAUUCUAGGUCUGUUACAGCCAGGUGAAAAGAAAUGUGGAGAACCAGCAGAAUUACCUCUUAUCUUAAACACACACACACAGAUCACCACAUACAGACUCCGUUACUUCUUCACACACACACACACACACAGUAGGACGGUUGCUGCGUGUACUGUACAGUGGUCUGAAGGCAGGCUGGUUGCUCUGUGUGCAGUAGAGUCUGUGUGUAGUGAAGCUUUAAUCACCCAGAGGUAGGGCUGUUUCUGCUCACACUUCUUUAUCUUACUCUGUGCCAAAAUGUAGUGCAACAGCCAGGCUAGUCCUGCUUGGUCUGAUUCCAAUAAAACACUGAGCUGUCUACAGCA